GAUGAUUUAACCUACUUUUUAUGUCAGUAGGUUGGCGCAUAUACAGUUUCCAUCUUUUAAGAGUUCCCCUCUUCCCGCAGAUUCAACUUCGCUAUCAACUAAAUAUGGACAUUCUUGUCAUCUACGCGAUCACAGCGGGCAGUGUACUCGUGUCUCUGGUGGCCUUCAGGCUUCUGAGGCUCCUUUCCCAAUGGAAGAGCCCGAUCUUGGUUUUACUUUCCCGGCAUAUUAUUUACCCCCAUGUCGUUGCUCGUCACCGCUUCCUGGGCCCUUGGAGCCGGCUCAGCGUGUUGACGCAUUUAGCUUAUGCUACUGUGAACUCUAUCCUCGUCUUCUUUCUGAACUUCUCCUUGGAAAAUGUCAGUCGCCGCGCUGGAGAUCUUUCCCUGAUCAAUAUGAUUUUCCUGUUAACCUCAAGUCACCUAAGCUACUCAGCUGACCUUUUGGGCAUUCCUUUACGAACUUACCGCCAAAUGCAUCGCGCCUCUGGCUGGAUGGCAAUGGCACUUGUCGUGCUUCAUGUCGGCGCCCUUGUCUUCAACCGAAAAGACGGCAUAACUAGAUCGGAUGGCCAGACCUUAUUCCCCGUCAUUGCAACUGCUUGCUUAGCAGCCCUUUCUUUGAUAUUCCUUCCGUUCGUUCGAAAGUUUUCCUACGAACUUUCUCUCCGAGUCCACCAGGCAUUAACAAUAGUUAGUGUAUAUGGCAUCUGGAAGCAUCUACCCCAAGAUAAACUACUCCCUAGGCUCUAUCUUUACAUUGGGCUUAGUGUUUUUACCGGCACGUCGUGUUUACCCGUCAACGUGAGGGCGGGCCAAUAUGUCAACUUAUGGCUCCCAGGCGUCAGCUUUUGGUCGUGGACACAGACGCAUCCAUUCACAGUUGUCUCCUGGUCACAAGGAAAGCAGUCAGAGCUGGAAUUCCUCGUGCAGCCUCGAAGCGGUCUUACUGCAACAAUCGCUCGCCAAAUGCGGGUGAUCGGACCUGAUGGAUAUUCCUGCCUAGCUUUGUACAGCGGGCCUCACGGUCUCAGCGAGUCCGUCAACAACUACGAAACGGUUCUACUCAUCGCCGGUGGAGCAGGGCUCCCGGCCGUUAUACCCUACGCCAAGCGAUUGAUAUAUGGGUACAACACGUGCACUUCGCACGUUCGUCGAGUACACCUCGUCUGGCAAGCAGAGACGCGUGAACAACUCAAUGAUCUAUUGAAGGAGGACGUGCUGGACGAUGGCUAUAUACUCAGCAUAUCUAUUUACGUGGAACAAGGUCCUCCGGUCCGUGAAAAACUCCUUUUCGGGAAACACGAGCGAGCUACGCUUUACCAAGGCGCUCCAGACUAUGCUACAGUGGUUUCAACGGAGCUCUCCCGUGAAAAGAUUGAGAAGCUCUCCCCGAUCCGGGAUAAUCAAGGGCAAGUUCUACUGAUUGUUUCCGCCCCUGGUGUCUUGCGUGAUGAAUUGCGACACAUCGUGAGAGGGCAUUUGCAUCAACGCAUCAAGAUGGUAGAGCUUGAGUAUCAACCAUGA